AUGCUUUCCCCCGGCAGGACCGUCUCUUCCCGGCUACUGAGGCCGGCCUCGUGGAUCCCUUUCCGGAUGGGCUCUGACGGGAGAGCCGCCAGCACUCAGAGAGAGUUGAUAAAGAAACAGGAACUGGAGAAAGAUGAGCGCCCUCUUUACAUGGACUUCCAGGCCACCACACCCAUGGACCCCCGGGUGUUGGACGCCAUGUUACCUUACCAGGUGAAUUAUUACGGUAACCCUCACUCCAGGACACACGCCUAUGGCUGGGAGAGCGAGACUGCCAUGGAGACAGCCAGGAAGCAGGUCGCUGAUUUGAUUGGAGCAGAUCCCAGAGAGAUCAUCUUCACCAGCGGAGCCACCGAGUCCAACAACAUGGCCAUCAAGGGCGUGGCCCGGUUUCUAUCAGACCAAGAACGUCACGUGAUCACCACGCAGACUGAACAUAAAUGUGUUUUGGACUCGUGCAGAGUUCUGGAGUCCGAAGGAUUCAGCAUCACCUACCUGCCGGUCCAGCCGAAUGGACUGGUGGACUUGGAGCUGCUGGAGGCCUCCAUCCGUCCGGACACUUCUCUGCUGUCUGUGAUGACCAUCAACAACGAGAUCGGAGUCCAACAGCCCAUCGACGAGAUCGGUAGGAUUUGUCGUUCCAAAAAUGUCUUCCUCCACACUGAUGCCGCUCAGGCUGUCGGCAUACCCAUCAACGUCCACGACUGGAAGGUUGAUCUGAUGUCUAUCAGCGGUCACAAGAUCUACGGACCUAAAGGUGUGGGUGCUUUGUACGUGCGUCGCCGGCUCGGUGCGUAUGGAGCCGCUGCAGAACGGGGUGGGCAGGAGAGGGGGCUGCGGUCUGGCAGUCCCACCCCACUGGCUGUCGGGCUGGGAGCCGCCUGCAGCAUCGCCGAGCAAGAGAUGGCGUAUGAUCAUCACAGAGUGACCACUCUGGCUAAUCGUCUGAUCCAGAAGGUCAUGUCAGAACUCCCCGAUGUCAUCUUGAAUGGAGAUCCAGAACGAGGCUACCCUGGCUGUGUCAACCUAUCGUUCGCUUACGUGGAGGGAGAGAGUCUGCUGAUGGCGCUGAAGGAUAUCGCUCUGUCAUCGGGCAGUGCUUGUACGUCAGCAUCUCUGGAGCCAUCAUACGUCCUCAGAGCCAUCGGAGCAGAUGAGGACCUGGCUCAUUCUUCCAUCAGGUUUGGUAUUGGCAGAUUCACCACAGAAGAAGAGGUGGACUACACGGCAGAGAAAUGCAUCCACCAGGUCCGCAGACUCCGAGAGAUGAGUCCUCUGUGGGAGAUGGUUCAGGACGGCAUCGACCUGAAGAGCAUCAAGUGGACUCAGCACUAGUCCCCUCCCACUUCCUGGUUACUUCCUGGCUGGCAACUACAACGAUGACGACCAUUAUUCUCAGAAAACAAAAAUCUGGGAAAUGGACCAGCUUUCCCUUCCUGUACACAAACACGCACAAACUUCCUGUCCGACUUGAAGUCUGUUUGUAUCUGUCGCUCUGUGUCUCUGUAGGCGCUCCUCCAGCUGCUUUCUCAGGAGAUGUGGCUCAGAGAGUUGACUCGAACAUUGCAACCUCUGUGUGUUGUCUGUUUGAUCUGUUGCACGUUUUCAGCUCGUGUGGGCCAACAUGUUGCUUCCGUGUCGAGCCGUCAAGAGGCUGCGACACCUCAGUCCUGUAUCACAAAGUCAGGUCAGCUUAGGCUGGCUCUCGUUAAUGGUUUCUUGGAGAAUGUCAGCCAUAUC